UAUAGCUUGUUGCUAUCUUCCGUAGUUCGCGGCACUUGCAACACUCUGCGAAUUUGCCGCACAUACGUUCUUACUUUACAUGACCAUCUGAAUGUGUAUUACAAGUAUCUGCAUUUUAAUUAACGAGUGUUGAUGAAGGCUAGUGCAUAGCUGGCGCCCUUGACAACUUUAGUCCAUCUAACGAGCCAUUUAAGCUGAGCCAGCGCAAACGCCAACACAAACAAACUUAUCACUUUCAAGAGCAAGUCACAGACAUGGCCAAUCGCUCCAUUUCGCAGUCCGCCUCACUAGCUCGCUGAGCAUUCUGCUGCUGCCGCUGCAGCCUCCAACCGCCCAGCUACCCUAAGGCGCGCGUCUGCGCACAGCCCAGUGAUGACAUCAACCACCGAGGAGCAACCGCAGCCUUCCAGCGACGGCAUGCAGCUGGACGGCCCUCAGCUGGGCUCCUUGACGCCCGUGCAGCAGCAGGAGCUACCCGCUCCCCUGGACCUGCCUGCCCCUUGCAAGCAGCAGCAGCAGCCUCCAUCUGCGGAAGGCACCGCGGAUUGCGCCUCCCCACAACAACAACAUUUAGGACAGCAGCACCCACAGCAGCAGCAGCAGCCAAUGGAUAUUGACCAGCAGCAGCAACUGCAGCGCCCACCGCCACAACCAGCUCCCCUGCCCGAUGACAUACCGCCUCACCCGCAGCAGCACCCGGCAGCACAGCAGCCCCAACCAGCCAGCACCCUGCAGCUUCCAAUCGCUCCUCCGGCCCCCUCCCCAACAUCACCAGCAGCAGCAACCGCCGCAAUAGCAGCAACGGUAGCCCCAGUGACGCAAUCCGCAGCAGCAGCACCUGCAGCACCCUCAGAAGCAGCAGCACCCGCAGCACCCUCAGGGGUACCCGCACCUCUGCCCACAGCACCCUCAGAAGCACCCACAGCAGCUCCUGCAGGAGAGCAGCCACAGCAGCCGCAGCAGGCCAAGACACGGCCCUCACGCAGGCGAGUGGAACCUGUCAAAAUCGCGGACCUAGCCCCCUCAUCCCAGCCCACGGGCCCCCAACCGCAAGCACAGCAGCAGCCACAGCAGCAGCAGCAGCGCCAACAGCAGCAGGGGCGGUCGCGGGGUGUAGGCCGCUCCCACAGCGCCCCUGUGGGGGCGGGAGGCGCGGAGGCGCUGCAGCGACCCGCCAAGCGCUCUCGCACCCAGCAGGUAUCCGAGGAGCGUCUGGAGGCUGACGUGGCGGGAGCGGUGGGUUUGGACCCCUGGUCGCUGGCGGGGGAGGAGGAGGCGCUGCUGGCGGACGUGGAGGCGCAGCGGCCGGGG